AUGGGCGAAGCCCAGUCCAGUCUGCAAAGCAACAUCUUCCUGCCCAGACUGGGCAGCCAAGAACCCCCAGUAGCCUACGAUGCCUCUGCAGCCACAGCCUGUGCUCCGUGGUGCCCUCAGAGCUCCAAGUGUGUCAAUGCCACCACCUGUCGUUGCCUGCCAGGAUUCAGUUCUUUGUCUGGAGAGCUCAUCACCAACCCCAUGGAGAUCUGUGAUGACAUCAACGAGUGUGGACCAACAGUGACAGUGUCCUGUGGAAUAUUUGCAGACUGCCAGAACACGCAUGGGAGCUACUACUGCACGUGUGUCCCAGGAUAUGUGCUUGCGUCUGGGGGAACAAUAUUCAGGAGUGAGAGUGAGAACACGUGCCAAGUUGUGCAACAAUGCAAGCAGAACCCUCAAAUAUGUAAAGGCAACAGCAUCUGCAUCAACACCCAGGGCAGCUAUACCUGUAAAUGCCAGCCCGGCUUUGAGUUCAACCCGAAGCACCCGAAACAGUGCACAUAUGUGGACGAAUGCACCUCCGGGCAACACCAGUGUCACAACUCCUCUGUCUGCUUCAACACUCUGGGCUCUUACAAGUGCCGCUGCCGCCUGGGCUGGAAGCCCAAACCUGGAUUCCAGUACAACCAGAUCACCACCAUCUGUGAAGGGAUCUCCUUCCCCAACUGGACCCCACCCCCUGGAAUCCAGAGCCAGGUGUGUGGCCCCAGCAGCGUUCAGGAGGCGGGAAUGCCUCACACAGCAUUCUGUGACUACCUGUUUUGCCCCAUGCUUCCCCACCCACGCUGA